UCAUAGACAAGAUCCAGGUAGUCUGCCGAAAUAACCGUUUGGCGUGUAUCGAAUGAAAACAAUUCCAAAGGAGCGCAAUCCGAGGUUCUUCGUGGAAACCCUUAUGAGAACUUUUGAAUGUCUGUUUAUUUUUCACAUGUAAUUCCUUACAAUUGUUGCUGCAAAACUUUGUGAGGCAUUGGAACAACAUUCUUCACCAUUUUGCAUAUCGGAGAAUUUCAAGGUGCAAAGACGUCCAUUCACAUUGCUCUAAUCAACUGGCUCAAUCGGCCUCUAUUGUUUGAGAAUCUUGCAAUGUAUCAUAAUUUGGUGAUCAAGAUCUGACCGUCAUGGGGAAGAUAACAAUGGCGAAGAAGAAGAAGAACACGAUCAUGGUCACACCAUUGAUGAUGGUAAUGAUGACGAUGUAUGUAUUUGUUGGAGAUGCAGCUGAUACAAACAGUGUUUAUGAUCCAUGCUCAGAUGCAAAAAUCCAGAGAUUAGAUGGGUUUACUUUUGGCCUUGCAUUUUCAAAAAAAGACAAGUUCUUUUUUAAUCAGACUCAACUUUCUCCGUGUGACAAGCGGCUUUCGCUCACCGGAAAUGAUGCCCAGCUUGCUGUGUUUAGGCCUAAAGUUGAUGAGAUGUCUUUCCUAAGCAUCAACAACAGCACCUUCAGUCCGAUCAAGGCUGGUGGGUACAUGGUAGCUUUUGCCGGACGGAAGUAUGCAGCAAGAUCACCCCCAAUAUUGGUUGCUGAUGACUCACACACCAUAACAAGCUUCACCUUGGUACUUGAAUUCGAAAGGGGGACUCUUCUUAAUUUGUAUUGGAAGAAAUUCGGGUGCAAGGCAUGCUCCGGGGACUAUUCUGUGUGCCUCAACGAUGAAGAUUGUGCUGUUCCAAAUUCAAAAUGUAAAGGCAGUGGUGGAUCUUUUGACUGCAACCUAAGCAUACAGUUGGCCUUCUCAGGAACAGACAAGCAUCUUCAAGUGCUUAACUCCUGGUAUGAGGUGAAAAAUCUUCGGAAGUACUCACUCUAUGCCCUAUUCUCCAAUCUUCUGCAGUAACAAUGCAACUUAAUAUGUGGUGAUGGGUUCAAGCUUGCAAGCUUGAAUGUGGUGGUUGUAUCGAAGUGUUUCGUCAAAUGGUGUCUAACUGCUUGUAUGAUAGAUAUUUACCAGUUCACAUUUUCUAGGCGCUAAAUAGUUAAACCUAUGUGCGACGUCUUGCUUGGUACUCCCCGAGUAAAGAGGGCCUAGAAUCCAAAAAACUCCGUGCUCAAAUGGUUAAGGGAUUUGUAACCCAGUUUUACAACCUGAUAAGUUUAACAAAUUUAGUCAUUACUUCA